CCUCUCCUGAAGCUCGGCUUCCUCUCCUGACGCUCCGCUUCCUCUCCUGAAGCUCGGCUUCCUCUCCUGAAGCUCGGCUUCCUCUCCUGAAGCUCAGCUCCUCCCGGUGAGCCUCGGCUCAGCAGAUGGUGUUUGUGGAUUAUCUCUGUGGGAGGAGGACUAAGACGGACUGCAGGCCACCGGGAAGACAGGAAGUGAGCAGGUGGUCGUCAACAGGAAGUAAGCAUGUGGUCGUCAACAGGAAGUGAGCAGGUGGUCGUCAACAGGAAGUGCCUCAGAGGGGCGGAGUCAGCCUCAGAGGGGCGGAGUCAGCCUCAGAGAGGCGGAGUCAGCCUCAGAGGGGCGGAGGUAGCCUUAGAGAGGCGGAGUCAGCCUCAUAGGGGCGGAGUCAGCCUGGUGAUUGACCGGAGGAGGAACAGCUGUGUGUGUGUGUGUGUGUGUGUCUGUCUGUGUGUGUGUGUGUCUGUCUGUGUGUGUGUGUGUGUGUGUGUGUGUCUGUCUGUGUGUGUGUCUGUGUGGGUCUACGCUCGGCUGUUUCUUCUUCUCUGAUCUGACGAGGUCAUCAUGCAGUACGACACUACGACUCCUGCUGCUCCUCUUCCUGCUUCUCUUCCUCCUGCUUCUCUUCCUCCUGCUUCUCCUCUUCCUGCUUCUCCUCCUCCUGCUGCUCCUCUUCAUCCUGCUUCUCCUCCUCCUGCUGCUCCUCUUUCUCCUGCUUCUCCUCCUCCUGUGGUGGUGAAUGGACUCAACAUGGACAAUGGACGUUUUGCACCUUUGAUUGGAGGGGUCCUGGGCUCCGUGCUGCUGCUGGUCUGCGUCGCCGUGGCGAUGCUGUGGGCGUUGUUCAGACGCCGAGGCUCGUACGUCACCAAGGAGACGGACGAAGAAGACGAAGAGGAGCUGGAGGAGGAAGACGAGCCGCUCUGAAGCCUCUGAGGAUGAAGGACUCAAACCUGUGCUCCGCGCUGCCCCCUAGAGGCCAAAGACAGAAUGCACUUCUCAUUUUACUUUCAGAGAUUAUCCGACAAACAAUAUUUUUCUUUCUAUACCAAAAAUGUUAAAUUUAAGUUUAAAUAAACGUCUGAUGCUUUCUCAGCCCGA